UGAACUGUUUAUGCCUUGUCUAUACUGGGAUUGUUACUGCUCAUUUAAAACAUGGAAUAGCUUGCGAACCCAUUUAUCAAGAAGCCAUUCAUCCUCUGAUAUAAUGACAUGCUCAGAAGUCUUGUCUUUCAAAUGUCCAUGUUGCUCUUUAAGCACAUUUUCAACUCAAAGGGAAUAUUUUACGCAUAUUGGGCACCAUUUAAAAAAACUGGAAACUGUCGCUUGUGUUUUUGAAAACUGUAACUUCAAAACAAACGUUCAUGGAACAUAUGCUUCUCAUAGGAACCGAAAACACAAUCCUCACUCAUUGGAUGACUUCAAGCCUGAGCAGAUACAGAGGUGUGUCAAUCGUUUGAAUACAGGAGAUGAUCCUCUUGAGGAACAUAAUGAAAAUCCAUUGAGUGAAGAUGAAGCAAAUGCAGAGGAUGAAGAAAUUGACAACCUUGGUGCACACUCUCUCGGAGGAUUUGUGGAAAGUUUCUCAAGUGCGUAUGUCUGCAGGUUUUGUCUUGGAGAACGAACCCAAAUCCAAGUACCUCAAUGUCUCAUCCUGCUAAACUUCGGAUCAUACUCAAAGAGCAUAACAUUCGAAAACUGGACUUACCACAUUUAAUCCCUGGAACAGUGGAAGAACUUGAAUCUAUUGUGAAAGAGACUUUUGAGGUUGAUGGGAAGUUUACUUUGCACUAUAAGGAUGCUGACUUUGGAGAAGAAUAUUUUUCUCUGACAUCAACAGGUGAUAUCAAGGACAAGGUCACACUUAAGGUGGUUCAGAUUAUUGAACCUCCCACAAUUACUCUGACAUUUAGUGAUGUAGACAGUUCCUUCAAAUCUGCAUCAGAGACCUUGGUCAAUGCUUCAGCAAUUUCAGAGACAUCGAGUGUGUCCUGUGGCACCAGUUGCUCAUCUGGAUCUCAGGAUACAGUCAUUCUUUCCUCACCUGAACAUUUGAGUCGGCGUUUACGGCGCUGGCCUACCAAUUUUUCUGUUCCUCGCUUUGCUUAUGACACAGAGCUUUUACUUGCUUCAGGAAAUGAAACUUUCAAAAAGGAUGGAACUAAACUUAACUUUACUCCACUUCUUCCAGACAUCCUUGAGAAACUGGCUGAAACGAUCUUUCAGUAUGUUGCCUACCCAACAUCUGCACAAUUAGCAGAUGUAGCUGAAGCACUUGUUCAACAACAUCCUUGCCUUAAAGAACUGGGAUCCUAUAAUGGAUGCUAUGGAUGGCAACAAAGACUGAAAUAUAAAAUGGGCAAUUACAGAAGUAAACUCAGAGGGCUUGGGUGCCCUGAGCUGGAUGUGAACUCUCUCAAAAGAAAGCAAGCACAUGAGAAGACACCUUCAAAGAAUCUCAAAAAGCCAAGAAAUGCUGAGGUGAACUAUUUGCCACCUCACCCACAAGGAGAAACAGAGGAAAGCUUGGAAAAGGAAAGAUUGGAACUUCUUGAUGAAGUGAAGAAGAGGAACAACUAUCGGAUCAUCAGUGAAAAGAUGGCCAAAACAUUCUCGAAUCGUAGACAGGAAGUUGUUAAUCUGGCACCACCCAUGAAUGACUUCAGAAAUAGAUGGCCUGCGCUUUUUGAUGCAGCACAGAUAAAUGAUGAAUUCCAAAGGAUCACCACUGUUAACUUGGAAACAACAUUCAUGGCAAAACUGGACCAGUAUUGCACAAGAAUAAUGUCCCUGGUCUCUUCAAAAGGCGGUGCUGCAAAAAUUAAGAUUGAGCACAUCAGGAACAUGUUGCAAGAGAGUUCGGUGGAAACAAGAAGAGAGGUUGCAAUCCGUUGCCUGAUAGUGUAUCUGAAAGAGAAAGAAGAGGAUCUCUUCAGAGAACAGCUGGAUGGUGAAGAACAGUUCCCAGAAGAAGUGGUAAAGAUCGUAGUCACCAGACGUGCAGCAGUGUCUCUUCCAGUCAUCGCUAAAAAAGUGAUUGCAGGAACAGCUGUCCUGGAAGACCUUGAUGUGCCCAGAGAAUGUGCCUUAAUGAUGGGACUUAUAUACGCUCUCAAUCUGAGUACCCCAAACAAAUAAAGAACACUCUAGAGGUAUUCCAGAAGGUGUUUCUGGAACUUGGUGGGCUUAAAGCCAGCCCACGGGUAAUGUCUCUUAAGUACAAACUUCUGUCAUAAAACAAAUGUAAUUUAGGCUGCAAUAUUCAGAUGUGCUGCUUCUUGUGUUUUUUAUGCAGUCUUAGACAAGUGUAGUUUUGAAAGUUCAUAAUAUGUAUAACCUUAUCUUUGGAUUGUUGCGUUGUCAAAUAUUAAAAUGUUUUGUAAUUUUCUUGAUUCUGUGAUAUUUACCAAGUUGAUAGGUUAAAGUUAAUGUUUAAUAAUAAGCAGAUUUGCAAAAACAAAUUGCCUUACGUUGCAAUGUUUGUUUUCUGAGGUAUUUUAGAAGGGUGUGAUUUAAAAUUAUUGUUAUUUGGAAGACUUUAUAUAUAUAUAUUUGCCGCUUUAUUUAAUAUACCUUUACAAAUCUUUAUAGUGGCUCUCAAAGUCGGUCAUCAGGCCCCACUGCUCUGCUUGUUUCUAUUAAUAACUAAACACUGUUGAUUGGCUGGUGUGUUCAGUUAAUCAGAAGUUGUAGAUACCAUUGUGGAGUAAGAAAAACGAAGUGAAUUGGUAUGUUUUAGCUUCUGAUUCAACACACCUUGUCCAGGUAAUAAGCAUGCUACAUUUUCUUUUGUUACUGAGGUUGUUUGUGGAGCAAUUGUACUGAAAUACAUUAUUGUUUUUGCCCACUCAUUUAUAAUUAAAGGGCUGCUGUAAUGUUUGAUUUGUUGUAUGACACAGAAGUGUAUUA